UAUGAUAAGGACUGUUCCAUUAGAAACUACAGGCUCUUAUCAAAAAGACAAUAUCUUAGAAUAUCCUAUUUGUUAUGUCGGCAAAUUAGAACUAAAUUCAAAAUUUGAAAGAUUUUUUAUUGUUAAAACUCCAUUUAUAGAAAAUGUUGAAAAAGAUUUCUGCAUAACUUUUUCAAUAAUUGCCAGAAUACAUGAUUUCAUUUCAAUAUUCAUUGAAAAUUCAAAGGGUGAACAAAAACAACUUGGAGAUGUAGCAUUUAAUAUUGUUGAUAAAGGUAACAGUUUACAAUGGAAUGGUUAUGCUAUAACAGGAAUAAAUUCCUAUUCGAAUUCUUCUGUAAAGAUAAUUUUUAAAAUAUUUCGUUACAAGUCAGGAUUUUAUACCGAUUUUAUGAUGUUUGAUGAAAUUGCUCUAACUAAUGGUAAAAGUAUCACUUCAAAGUCUGAUGGCUAUAAUUGUAAUUUUGAAAAUGGAUAUUGCUUCUAUGAGAAUUUUGACAUAGGAGAUCCAGAUUUUGUUUGGUCAAGAACAAAAUUUAGUAACAAAUGUUCUUCAAACCCUUGCUCUUUAGCUGUGACAGAUUAUAACAUUACUAUUGGAAAAGUUGCACUAAUUAAAUCAAAGCUAUUAAGAAAUAUUGGUAAUAAAUGCUUAAGUAUUCAACAUAAAAGCGACCAUCCAGCUGGUAAUAAUACUCUAUCGGUUAGAUUACAACCUACUUUUCAGAGUAAAGAACAGAAAUAUUUCAUAAAAUGGAAAGAAUUUGCCAGGUUGGACAAGGACAAUGCAAAGAAAAACAUUUAUUCAUUGGGGGAACUAACAAGGAAAAUCUUGCAAAAGAGAAAAAAUUAUUGCUAA